CCAUAAAACCAGGAAGUAACUCUCCCACACAAGCGCUCACUCUGUCUCCAAAUAUAAAACGGGAAACAUGGCGUCGGCAGCGCGCGUCCUACUCCGGGGAUUCCUCACCGGAAACGCCCGAUUCAACUCGCGAAAUGUCAACGGAGUCGCACCGAGUCGAAACGCGGUGACAUCCACGUCGGGAGCCAUUCUCCCCAAACCUGACAAAAUCCCGUUUGGCGUCGUACGCAUGGCGGUGGUGGGCCCGUUCCUCUACGUCGGCACUCUCAUCAGCAAGCAGUUUGCGGCUCUUCUCGAAGAGCACGACAUCUUCGUUCCUGAUGACGAUGAUGACUGAGGAACGUCUGUGACGGCUGGGUCGUGCUG